ACCUACUCGUACAUCCCAAAGACCCCUCGCUCCCCUCCUAUCUCCCCUGUCCCGCGGCUGUAGCCUCGCUUGUAAAAACCAAAAAUUUCCACCAACACCACAUCGAGUCAUUCACCACCACCUUCACAACCACAACAUCUUCUGCCGUGCAGCGUAGCACAUCCGUCGACCUAGAUGUCAAUCCCACACACCCGCCGGUAGCACGAGAACAUCACCAACCCCUCCUUCGCGACAACAACCAACCCUCAAUCGCGAUGGCUUCCAGCAGUCAAACUGCGCCCAAGGUGCCCAAGGCAGCUAAGGAGCCAACCAAUCCACAGGCAGAGGACUUGUACCGGUACUGUGUGGACAAAAUCGACGCGGACGAUGACAGCAUUGGAAAGGAAAUGAUCUUUCGACAGGAUGAACUCUUGAACAGAUUCUUCGGCGACGAGCAUUCGGAUAGCGAUGGAGAACACCUCAACAAACUCCUUGCGACUAUACAAUACCUAAUAGACGACCGACGAUUCAAGGUAGUCCAAGAUAUCGAUGGGAUGGGUUGGCGCAUUCGCAGUACAGCCGAAGCUGAAACGUAAGUGAAUUUCAAUGGCGAAGACGAGAGCACUUUCAACCAAUCGAAGAAAGCCAGGCUGAUUCUUUUGCGUUUAGAUAUCGAAAGAUCGCCCGGAUAGGAAAAGAGUAUGAGAUUGUAUAUCAAUUGAUCGACGAAGCCGGCAACGAAGGAAUCUGGCAGCGAAACAUCAAAAACCGAUCUCAAAUCCACGAUGUCCUCGUCAACAAAAUUAUCGAAAAGCUUAAGAACAAGUACAUCAAACGGCUGAACUCCGUUGAGCACAAGACACACGUCAUCUGGAUCAAGAUUGCGACCAAGGCCAGCGAGCGCGUUAUUGGUGGCGCAUGGCACUCGGAUGGCGAUCUAGACACGGCUUUCGUCGAAGGUAUCUGUAGUGUGAUUCUCAACUUUCUCAAGGAGCGCAGCUUCUACCCCUCCAAAGAAAAAGCUCGACGCUCACCAAAGAAGACGAUUAAGAGAAGUGUGCCUUACCCUCCACCCAAAGGCAAAACCCAUGAUAUAGAUAUCGAAGAUAGCGAAAAGGCGCAGCGCAUCAGGAAAUACGAAAGCCUCCUAUCGAUGCCCGCCAAUUUCGAUGGAUAUCCAUCUGUCGAGCGAAUUACACAAUACGUUUACCAAUUGGGCGUCACCAAGGAUACCGUUCUCGAGAAAAAAGAGAUCAAACAAGUACUCGACAUUAUGAUUCUUGAUGGCGACGUUGAACAAGUGGUAAGUGGUACAAAGAUUGGAUACAAGGCCACAAGAAAGGCGUUGCGAAAGGAGGAGAGAAUUGAUGUCGCGAGUGUCUACAACGAGGCACCUUGUGGUCGUUGUCCUGUCUUUGACGUCUGCGAAGAGGGAGGCCCGGUGGCACCAAGCAGCUGUCAAUAUCUCCAGGAAUGGCUUGAGUAGGUGAUGAGAUGAUUAGAUUUUGAUUUCGACUGCAUAGCGUCAAUGGCACGGGAGUUUGGGGGGUGAUACCAAAAGGCUUUGCAAAAUACCAGCGACUUGUAAUUUGGGCAUGUGGAAUUUUUCAGUGAUGUUACUAGAAAUAGGACAAUACAAUCACAGACAUAUCACAG